AUCGCCCCGUGACAGGUGCACCUAGUUGAGAAAUAAAUAAUUCUCGACAGACUUUUCUGUGAGGGGAAGACAAGGUAUCUUAUCAUUUGAUUUUUUGCUAUAGCGCUUGGAGAUUUAUAGUUGUCUGUGUUUGAGAGAGAGACAGAGAGAGAUGGGAGAUGAUAGAUACCGCCCGUUGUUUGAGACAAAGAGAGCAAAAGGAACAGCCCUUUACAGAGUCUUUGCAGGGUCUAUAUUCAUUGGUAUAUGUCUGAUUUGGGCUUUCAGAGUGAAGCAUCUACCAAGAGAAGGAGAAGAUGGGAGGUGGGUUUGGAUUGGUCUGCUUGCAGCUGAGCUUUGGUUUGGUUUUUACUGGUUCCUCACUCAAGCACACCGGUGGAACCAAGUGUAUAGGCGCACCUUCAAAGACAGGCUCUCCCAAAGAUAUGAAAAUGAGUUACCGGGGGUGGACAUAUUCGUAUGCACAGCGGAUCCUGUGAUUGAGCCACCAAUGAUGGUUAUUAACACCGUUUUAUCAGUUAUGGCCUAUGACUACCCACCGGAGAAGCUCAGUGUGUACCUCUCCGAUGAUGCCGGUUCACAUCUUACCUUCUAUGCUCUAUCUGAGGCCUCUCAGUUUGCUAAACAUUGGAUACCAUUCUGCAAAAAAUUCAACGUGGAGCCAAGAUCUCCGGCAGCUUUCUUUGACUCAAUUUCUAACUCACAAGACUCCAAACAGGCUAAAGAAUUAGCAAUUAUAAAGAAGUUAUAUGAAGACAUGAAGGACCGAAUCGAAAAUGCAGCCAAGAUAGGCCGUCUGCCUGAAGAAGUGCAUUUGAGGCAUAAAGGGUUUUCUCAAUGGGAUUCAUACUCUUCUAGGAAUGAUCAUAACACCAUUCUUCAAAUAUUGAUUGAUGGGAAAGACCCGAAUGCCAAGGACAUGGAAGGAUGUGCAUUACCAACUUUGGUGUACUUGGCUCGGGAGAAGAGACCCAAGUAUCCCCAUAACUUCAAAGCUGGAGCUAUGAAUGCACUGAUAAGGGUAUCAUCAGAAAUUAGCAAUGGACAGAUUAUUCUUAAUGUGGAUUGCGAUAUGUAUGCAAAUAAUUCAGUUGCUGUGAGGGAUGCUCUUUGCUUCUUCAUGGAUGAGAAAAAGGGCCAUGAGAUUGCUUAUGUACAGUUUCCACAAAAUUUCGGCAAUAUUACCAAGAAUGAACUAUAUAGCAGUUCAAUGAGAGUAAUAAGUCAGGUGGAAUUCCAUGGUUUGGAUGGCUAUGGAGGCCCCCUUUAUGUUGGAACUGGCUGCUUUCACAGAAGAGAUACACUAUGUGGAAGGAAGUUCAGCAGGGAAACUAAAAAUGAAUUCAGAAUAGCAACAGACAGAGAAAGGGAAGAAAAGGCACAUGCAUUGGAAGACAAAUUAAAGGUCCUGGCUAAUUGUGCUUAUGAAGAGAACACUGAGUGGGGAAAUGAGAUGGGACUUAAGUAUGGGUGUCCAGUUGAAGAUGUGAUCACAGGUUUAUCAAUCCAAUGCCAAGGAUGGAAAUCAGUGUAUUUCAAUCCGGAAAGGAAGGCUUUUCUAGGAGUUGCACCAACCACACUUGCUCAGACACUGGUGCAACACAAGAGAUGGUCUGAAGGUGACUUUCAAAUUCUACUUUCGAAAUACAGUCCAGCUUGGUAUGCCAAUGGAAAGAUUAGCUUAGGCCUUCAGCUGGGAUAUUGCUGUUACUGCUUAUGGGCUUCUAACUGCUUGGCAGCGCUAUACUACUCCAUCAUUCCUUCCCUAUAUCUUCUAAGAGGCAUUUCUUUGUUCCCUGAGUGUUCAAGCCCAUGGUUUCUUCCAUUUGCAUUUGUUGCAAUUUCCAAAUUAGCUUAUAGCCUUGCUGAGUUUCUAUGGAGUGGUGGCACAGUCCUUGGUUGGUGGAAUGAUCAAAGGAUAUGGCUUUACAAAAGAACAAGUUCCUACCUCUUGGCCUUCAUCGACACCAUUGCGAAAACAUUAGGACUAAAUUCUGAUUCAGCAUUUGUAAUCACUACCAAAGUUUCUGACCAGGAAGUCUAUAACCGAUAUGGCAAAGAGAUAAUGGAGUUCGGAGCCUCCUCUCCAAUGUUCACUGCACUGGCAACAAUUGCAUUGAUAAAUUUAGUUUGCUUGGCUGGACUGAUGAAGAACGUAGCCAUGGAAGAGAGCAUUGCUAGAAUUUAUGAGACAAUGCUUUUGCAAGUAGUUCUAUGUGUCAUGCUGGUUCUCAUCAACUGGCCUUUGUAUCAAGGACUUUUCUUGAGGAAGGACAAUGGCAAGAUGCCAAACUCUAUAGCAAUUAAAUCAAUUGUAUUAGCUCUGUCUGUAUGUACUUGCUUUACAUUCUGGACUUAAAUUUUCCUGUUGUUUAUUCUGUUACCAUUUGCCUGUAACUCACAGUCUCUCACUCCAUGAUUUGAAGAAAUAAAAGGAUACCCUCUGUCCCUUGGGGAUUCUACGACA